UUUUCCCAUGAGGCAGAGAGAAAACUUUGCAUUCUUAAAGUAGUGCAUUUAUAAAAGUAUUUUUUUUUUUAUACAAGAAGUAUUGAGUUGAAACGUAUAAUUGGUGGAGCACAGUGGACACAAAUAUCCUUAUGGGCCCAUGGGGCCCAGGAUUUAUAACAUAGAUUGUAGAUACAUUUUAUUGUAUUACACACUCUAAACCUAUUCCACGGAUCCCUUGGCCAAUUAUUUUAACCUGUAGUUGUUAGUAAUAUUAAUUAAAGAUUCAUAUUUUUGAUGUGGACCGAUCCCUGCAGUAACUCCACAGACCCCACUUUGAGAAACGGAUCUAAUCAUCAAGCCCUUGACACGUCGAAUCAGCUGGUUUUUUCCCGUGUCUACAACAAACAUGUGUAGGCCUACUGUUGGUUGUACUCGAGGACCGGAGUUGGGGAAACUCUAGUCUAGAUGCCACUUUCGCCAUACCCAAAAAUGGUAAUCAAGUUGCAGCAGACAGUGUACAUUUCACCUAAGUCUAUGGCUUCAUGUUGAUAUACUGGAAUCAAAUACGUGUUUUACGAACAGGCGUAUUUUUUUGCUGCACAAAUUUGCCGCGAAUGAUAACGCAUGGAAUCCAAACACCUGAAGAACGCUUUCAAAUGGUCUAACAGAAUGUUGUUUUACGAACCGAAUGCAGAUGAUCGAAUGCAUACAAUCCACAUAACAAGCAAGCAAAAUAUAGGUGCAUCAUGGUUCAAUCUGCAGGAGUUCCACAGCUUUCAGAUAAUCAGGCUCCGCCAGGGAGACCCAGCUCGGCUACAGAGACAGAAGUGAAUCUGAUGCACAAUAACCAGGCACCACCACCACCCAAGGAAAGUGGCCCAAAUAAGAGGAGGAAAGCGAGAGUGAGGGGAAACAGCACCAGGCCCAAGAAGAGAAUGACGGACAGCAGGGGUGUUAGUGAUAGACCACUAGUGGAGAAGCAGGGGGGGUGUGAUGAGGGAAGCCCCUUACCUCCACCCCUCCGUAUCUCUUUAAAAAGCCUGUUGGCGGCGGAGAUGAAGCUAGUGUAUGGUGACGAGCAGCACAACAUUACCCAGCAGCCCUCCAAGUCCCCAGUCACCUCCUCGGCUUCACAAUUUAUGUGUCAAGCCUCUGAAAUAGUAGGUCCUCCAAGUGGACCUAAUCUCGGCUUUCUGCCUCAAAUUGACAAAUGGCUGGAUGUAGCCUUACAGGAUGCCGACUCAUACUACCAACAGAAGAAAUAUGGGAUCGCAGCCAGUCGUUUUACCACAGCUCUGGAGCUGUGUUCAAAAGGCGCUGCAGUUGAACAAUCUUUGCAUGCGGUGUAUGAAGACAUUUCUAAGGUUGCCAGUUUGAUUGAGUCCAGACUUGUUGCCUGUUACCUGAGACUGAAGAGACCGAAGAUAGCCCUCAACCACUCCCACAGAGCCAUCCAGCUAAACCCCAUCUAUUUCCGCCACCAUCUGCGCCAGGCCAUGGUGUAUCGACUGCUGGGGAACCCAUGUGCCGCGGCGAGGAGUGCCAUGAUUGCUGACUGGGUGUACUGGCUGUCCGGGGGCUCAGAUGAACACAUAAGCAAGCUCAUCAAACUGUAUUGGCAGGCUCUGUUGGACGAGGCGAUCAUCAUGGAGGAUGGUUUCUCUGUCAUGUACACCCCGUGCUCUGCUGGGGACUCCGUGGGGGAUUGCAUCGCCAAGGCCGAGGAGACCUUCAGGAAACAGAACCCUGCCUUCACAGACUACCUGUUCACAGACCCCAGUGGAGGUCACCUGCUGCCCAAGACCACAGACUGGAGCAAUCCCCCGUCCACCCAGCAGAAAUACGUCCUCACCCUGGGCUUCAGGAGAGGACAGGACGGCAGCUUCCUCAGCAAACUCACCAGCAGGACCUGCCCCUCUUUUACAGGACCCAGAGCCUCAUUCAGCUCCAGUAGCCCAGAGGACAUGGAGCGGGUGUGUGACACGUUCAGCAGGAGGAUCCUACCAGCCUUAGAUUUUAUUAAGUGCACCAAACUAGCUGUGGGUAUACGUUUACAUGCUUUGAGUGGAGGAAAACAAAGCAACCAUAAUUUAAGAGACGGCAGCAGCAUUAACAGACGGCUAGGCAGCAGCGUUAAGAGACGGCUAGGCAGCAGCGCUAAGAGACGGCUAGGCAGCAGCGCUAAGAGACGGCUAGGCAGCAGCGCUAAGAGACGGCUAGGCAGCAGCGCUAAGAGACGGCUAGGCAGCCGCGCUAAGAGACGGCUAGGCAGCAGCGCUAAGAGACGGCUAGGCAGCCGCGCUAAGAGACGGCUAGGCAGCAGCGCUAAGAGACGGCUAGGCAGCACCGCUAAGAGACGGCUAGGCAGCAGCGCUAAGAGACGGCUAGGCAGCAGCGCUAAGCGACGGCUAGGCAGCAGCGCUAAGAGACGGCUAGGCAGCAGCGUUAAGAGACGGCUAGGCAGCAGCGUUAAGAGACGGCUAGGCAGCAGCGUUACCAGACGGCUAGGCAGCAGCGUUACCAGACGGCUAGGCAGCAGCGUUACCAGACGGCUAGGCAGCACUGGUAAGAGCCUAUUUAAGCAACGUUUGUUCAGAUGCAUCACAGUGUAUGUAAACGUCCGACUUCAGCCGUUUGAAAAAUGUGUGAUUAGUGAUCAACAGGGCCGAGUGAAAAGAGAGAAGGGGGUGUGGUUUACAAGUUUUAUUUUUCCCAUGUUUCCUUGUUUCUCACAUGCUGUGUUUGUUCCAAGACAACAGGCAGGUUUUUCCCCAGGGUCUGGGCUUGUGGAGAGGCUGCAGUAUGCUGGCUACCUGGGACAGAUCCAACGCAGCAGGGAGCAGUCCGUCAUCCUCCACCAGGCGCUGGCUGAGCUCGCUGUCGCCCCCUACCUGCAGGACCUCAGCCACGCAGAGACCACACUGCUGCAGGCUCUAAUGGCAGACACCAUGGACACCCUUGAAGGAAGGCGGACUGAUAGAGAACGUGUGUGGAAUGAAAUGCAAAAGGUGGGGAUGUUGGAGGAUCUGUUGUUCCAACUGGAGGAGACCUAUCUGAAGAACAAGGCUCAGAGGGCCAGUAGGAAGCAGAGGGCCGGGGUCCAGGGGGCAGAGGGGAAAUCCAGAGGAAGACCCAAAGCAGGGGUCAAAAUAGAAGCCAAAGGAGGGGGUACAGUGGUGACGGACAAGGCCAAAGUCCGUCCCACUGAAACCCAGCAGGAGACAGCAGUAGCACAAAUGACCUUACCAGACCCAUGAUCUGCAUGCCAGGACAGUGGAGGCCCGAAGUCGUCCUCUUCCUCAAAAUGAAUGGACACCCUCCUCUCACAAAGCCUCAUCUUCAGUCCCAGCAUCUUUCACACCAUUACUCUAGGCUGGCAGAAAUAAAUGGACUCUGCAGCCUUGCUUUCACUCUGAUUUAGGGUCUGUUUUUAACACUCCUCCUUGUUUACUCGUUAAGAUAGCGUCUCUAGCCCCACUUCUAGAUGAAAGACCUAGCUGAUUCAAACGUGUGGGAGUGUUCAAUGUAUACACAAUGAGAUGUUUUCAUGUUUAAACUCGCUAAUUUAUGAUUGUUCAUGCAAGUUGUAAUAUGACAGAUGGUUUGUAAACACAAACAAAUCCAUAUGGUGCAGUAGCAUGAUCAUAAUGAUGUAUGCAUUCCCAUUAUGGGAUUCACAGCAAAUCUGGCUCCAGAUUCUCUCCAGAUUCUCUCAUGUUUUGAAAACUGUCUAACAUUUUUUAUUUAUUUAUUUUAUUUUU